GAUGGCUAUGUCUACACUCACACCAAGGAUCGCCUAUGGCGUAAGACCCGUAAGCCUUAUGGUCGUUGCUUCGGCGCCGAUCCCAACCGCAACUGGGACUUUCACUGGAAUGAGGUGGGCGCCAGCAGUAGCGCCUGUUCUGAUGCGUACGCUGGACCCAAAGCGUUCUCUGAGAUUGAGACUUUAUCCCUGGCGAACUACAUUUCCUCGAUAAAGGAAAAGAUUCAGCUCUAUGUUUCGUUUCAUGCCUUCUCGCAGUAUCUGCUCUAUCCUUAUGGUCACACCAAGUCGUUGCCCGAUAACGCGAAGGACUACCACCAGGUAUUCAACGCAGCCGUCUCUGCCAUUUCCAAGCGUUAUAAUACGAAAUACACUGGUGGCAACAUUUAUGAUGCCAUCUACCCUGCAGCUGGAUCGAGUGUGGAUUGGGUCUAUGCCACCCAGCAUGUGCGCAUGGCUUUCUGCUAUGAGCUGCGUCCUGCCUCCAAUUUAUAUUUUAUCAACUUUAAGUUGCCUGCCUAUCAGAUCAUUCCUGCCAGCGAGGAGCUCUUGGACUCCCUGACGGCCAUGAUUGGUGAGGUGCAGAAGUUGGGCUAUUUCAAUUAAAGACUUGCACAAUAA